AUGGAAGUGAUUGAGUGCCUUGGUGACUUCGGAGGCCCCAAUGACCCAGUUGCCUUUCGCUUCUCUCGUAUCAUCUACCGCGAGAAUGGCCAAGCCUACCAAGGGCUUUCUAACGUCCAUUAUCCUUCCAAGGAAGAAGUGAAGGUUGAGGAUCUAUACAACAUAGCUUUGAUUCCUACGGAGAAUCUCCAUCCAAAUUUUGACAACUCUUUUACCAAUGUGCAAGUCAUCUCGCCGCUGUGGUAUAUUAAACGGUCCCGGUUGUCGAAUUACGACCCCAAUAAUCCCAACCAAUUCAAAGCUCAAGUGCUUAAGGAGGCCCAAAUAUGCGAGCAGCUCAGAAAAGCCCCUCAUCCAAAUAUUGCUGUGUAUCACGGCUGCGAGGUCAAGGGUGGCCGCAUCACAGGCCUUUAUUUUACGAAGUAUAACGAAACCUUGAUGGAGAGAAUCAAUCCGAAAAAGCUCAACAAAAGAGAGUGUGCAUCGCAUAGGAGUGGGAGACCAUCUACAGAGACUACAAGCUGGCUUGAAGGCAUCAAGAGUGGCUUGGAGCACCUCCAUUCUCUAGGGAUCGUUCAUAACGACAUCAAUCCGGGAAAUAUCAUGUUCGAUGGGGCCACACCAGUCAUUAUUGAUUUCGGUUCUUGUAGCCGGGAAGGAGAUGAUCUGAGCAUGAUUGGCCAAACCUUUGAAUGGCAUGAUGAGAGUAUCAGGCAAGCGAAGCCACAAAACGACCUGAAUGCCUUGCAGGAGGUACGGUUUUGGCUAGAUGGAAAGGUGGACGCAUUUCAGUUUAGCCUUAGUUUAGCCUCUAGCAAAUAA